CUCAACUCGCCAAGUGACAUUCCGCGAUGUUUGUUUUUCUGUUUGCGUUUCUUUGGCUGUCAUAUUUCGCAACAUUUGCCUCAGUAGAUUCGAUCAUCGCACCGCCAAGUUGCGAUGGUAUUUACGGUUGCAUAUCCUCGCUGCGCCAGUCGGACUGCCCUAGCGGGGAAAUAUUGGUCGCGGGUGAAUCCUUAAACGGGUGCUGUCCGGCUUGUCGGGGCGGUCAAGGACACAUGAAGGUUUGCAACGUGAAUGUCGCCAAUCGGCGUUGUGCCCCGGGGCUCAAGUGUGAGGAUCGGAAGUGUCUGUACGAUCAGGCCAGCUGUCUUCACACGAUUCACAUGCAGAACGAGGAAGAGUGGGCUGGUUGGUACCCACGGUGUAAUGCUGAUGGGACUUACGCCAGCAAGCAGUGCCGAGGUGACCGGCUUUCGGGACGUUGCUUCUGCUACAGCGAAGACGGCCGGCGUAUUUUCGGAUGGGAUUGGUACAAAAAUGCAGCUAAAAUGACUUGUGCCUGCAGUAGACGCCGGGUGAAAUUAGAAGCGGAAGGACGUGUUGGCGUCAGUCUUCACUGCACUCAAAAUGGUAACUACGAGGAGCUACAGUGCGAUUCGGGAGUUUGCUGGUGUGCCGAUGAGUAUAGUGGAGAUCCACUGGUCGGGGCAACGGUGGUUCACAGUAGUUUGUGGAAGUUGCUUCCAUGCUAUAAUAGCACGCUACACGGUGACAGCUAUCUUCGUCAGUGCGAAAGUACAGCUUUUGCCCAGAAAACGAUACAGAAAAAGUUCGCCGUUCGGGGUACAAUCGGUGUCACUUUUAACGAGGUUCAGUGUGACUAUGAUGGAGCCUUUGGAAAAUACAAGAUUGAAAACGGAAUAGUUUUCUGCACCUGGCGAGACGGAAGCAAAAUUGGAUCCUUUCAAGUUCGAUCCAGUUUACUGUCAGCGGUGAACUGUAAUUGCGCUAGAGACACUCUCAUCUAUCAGGGGGUUGAUAUACCUUUUACAUUGGCCUGCGGUGGCAACGGGAACUACGAGUACUCCCAAGAUCAGAACGGUCAGUUGUUCUGUGUCGAUGGCGAUGGCUUUGUCGUAUCUACUGAUGUACGACCAAACGAAAGCUGCGACAAGUUCAUAUACAACUCAGAUUUUUACAAUGAAAACUGAAU